UCAUACAGACUCUCUCACAUUUCAGAACAGCAAAAAAAAUAAAGCAACAAAAAUGGGAGAUACGGAGUUUGAAAUCGAUAAAAAUAGAAAAAUGGUAGAAAUCACUCUGAAAACCAUCGGCCCCUUGCCUCCAUCUCGCCUUCUUGUCCCCUCUCCCUUUAAAGUUUGCGAUCUGAGAAAGUUGAUUGCGGAAAAUCAUGAUUUACCGAUUGAGAAUUUGAGGCUUAUCUUCCGUGGCAAUGUACUGCUUGAUAGAAGAUAUGACGAUGAUGAUGAUAUACAACUUCAAUUCAAUAAUUCCGAUUCACUAAUUGUUGCUGUCAAACCAAAGCCACCAGCUAAACAUCUUCAUGAUGGAUUUGAUUUGGAUGAUGAUCAACUGAAGUUUCAGCUUCCGCAGUCGACUAAUCGUUGGAAAAGGAGACUUUACUUUUUCCUGCAUAAUAAACUGAAGAUUCCUGAGAUCCUUUUGGUGGCACUGUUCUCUCUCAGUCUAAAGGCGUGGACUGUGAUCAUUUCCUGGUUCAUUUUGGCACCUGUUGCACAUAAAUGGGACCUUGGACCCUUAUAUAUACUUGGCACAGGCUUUCUUUUGAUUUUCUUUAACCUUGGACGACGACAAGCUGGUGAUCUCAGUGCAUAUUCUAUCUUCAAUGAAGACUUUAGGGAGCUUCCUGGGACUUUAAAUGCAGAUCGUCUUGAUAGAGACAUUCGAGCCGGUCAGUUUUGAACUUCUCACUUACAUUGCAGGGAAAUGCUGAAAUGAGAAAUUCCAAAACGCGAAACAGUAAAAUGAGUUUCAGAAAUAUUUUCGAAAACACAAACAAAAUGCCAAAAGGUGGUAUUUGAAAGGUUUCUAUGCAACAUAUCUUCUUACUCACCGGUCACCACUUAUCUUAACUAAAGUGUUUGUUUAUUUUUCUCGCCAAACUGCACAUACGAUGACUUCUAGCUUCGCCAACAAAUUUGUUUUAUCCCCUUAUGAGGGUGAAGAGUUGGAUCAUUCACCAGUGUCUUUUUCUGCCCAGUGUAAUAUAUUUUUUCGUUUUCUCACCCUUUACUGUAACGAGUAACUUCCUGCUAUUUUGUAAGUAGUGUAUCAUAGACUUCCAAUGCUGGUUUUCACAGUUCAAGUUUUACUUUUUCUAUAACUUUUAUGUUUUAAGUGUCAAAUUUCUUUUGUAGUUUCGACUGAUGAGUUUGCAUGACUCAUGUGAUGUGAGAUUGAUAUAUCACUGUUUUCUCCAAUUAUGAUUAAUAUGUUACAAAUUUCCUAA